CCUUUUAAAACUCGUUUGAGUUAGAACGGUUUUGUUCAGCAUGGUUCAGCGAAUACUUGGAUUUUCGUUUUAUAUAUGUGUGCAAUCUAUAGAACUACAUAUAGCAUUGAUGAUAAUAUAUUUGAGAAGAAAUUGACAGCAACAAGCAUAACCUUACUUUUAGUUCGAUAAAAGUUCAAAAUAAAUAUGGAAUUCGAAGACGAAGAAAGAAAUAAAAUAAGAGAAAGCAUUUCUAAUUUAAGCUUCGAACAGUUAUUAAAGUUAAAAGAACAAAUCGGUUCAAAAACUUUUAACAAAACUGUAUUUAAUGAGACGACCACCAAGAAAAAUAAAAAUCUUAAACGGGCAAAUAAAAACAGACCCAGGGAACUUAGCUCGAAAAUCAGACCACAAAGGUUAAAACAGGAAUUAAAAUCAGAGUCAAACAGUAGUGUUAUAUUGAAAAAACCUAUUCCUCGCGAUCCCAGAUUUGAUCCUUUGUGCGGGCAAUUUGAAAAAGAAACCUUUAAAGCUAAUUAUGGUUUUGUAAAUGAUAUUCGAUUAGAUGAAACACGACAAUUAGAAGAGGAACUUGAAAAUUGUGUUGAUCCCAAUAGAAAAAAGAUCAUUAAAAGUUUGUUGCAACGAAUGAAAAAUCAAAUUAGGGAAAAUGAAAGAACUGAUAAAGAAGAAUUGAAGAAAAAACAGAACAGUACUGAAAUAAGAGAACAAUUAAGGAGAGGAGAAAAACCUAAAUUCAAAAAGAGAUCUGUUCAAAAAUUAGAAAAUUUGAUCGAGAAGUAUGAAGAACUGAAAAAGUCUAACAAAGUUCACAAACAUAUUGAGAAAAGGUCAAAAAAAUUGGCAGGCAAGGAAAAAAAGAAAAGGGACUAAUAGAUGUAUUAUAGUAGUAUACUUUUUAUAUCACUAUAGGCUGUUGUUUUUAAUUACAUUAAUAUAUCUGAUUCUUUUGUUUUAUACAUAUAUGUUUAUGCCUUUUCAUCAAGGCUUAGGUUUGUUUGUUUUUAAAAAAAGUCCUGACAAACCUCUGUAAGAGAAGCGAGUUUUAUUUCUUUUAUAUUUAUCUUGCUUUGGUUUAUUUGGGUCUUCUGUUAUAGACGAAUUGUAAUUGGCUGGAUGACAUAUAUUUCCAUGCCAAAAAAUCUGAUCGUUUUCUUUUUGUCAUUUUUUAUUUGUUUGAAAUAAUAACAGACAAAUACAACGCCCUUUUGCUUGAUUAUAAUUAAUUAUAAUGCAUUAUAAAUUAUUGAUGUUUACUAUUUAGAAAAACAGCUAGAGUUUUAUAAACAAAAAUACAGAUAAUUGAAUCAAACCUGAGAUAAAUAAAAGUUGACUACCAUUUUUUGUGAUAGUGUAUAUGCUAAGUUACAUAACUUUAAACUGCUUUUUAGUCUCUAAACAAUAUUUAAAAAACAAAGGUUUCAAUUUCCAAAAAAUUACUAAAAUUGAUCAGGGUACAACGAAAAAUCUACUAGGUUCGAUAGUGAAUUUAAGGAAAUAAAUUAGGCAUUCCAAACAAAUGAAUUGCCAGUGGGAAGUUUUGACAUAUCUAAGGGUUGCGACGUACGAUGUAUUCUAUCUACUAUACGUAAAAUUAUGAAUAAUGGAUUACAUUUAAAUAUUUUAUGCCAAACACAAUAAAAAUAAUAUUUAAAAAACCCGCUUAUACAUUUCUUCAUAAAUUAGCAGGCUUGGCGAUUACAAUUUCGAAUAAAAAUAGCGUCCAAGAUGCAAGACUAUGUCGCUACCCCCUUAGAUAUACAAGAAUUUCCCACUGGCACCUAUUGUUUGACAGGUCGUUGGAAUGCCUAAUUGUCAAUUACAGAAGUGACUUACAAGCAAUACAUAUAACUUCUUCAAAUUUGCAUUGCGUCAAAUGUGCCAAACAGCCUGCACCCUUUGAUAACUUGCUAUUACGUGGUAGUUAAAAUUUCCAUUAUGGUUCUCCCCAGAGUUAAAGCAGCUGACAAUAUUGAAAAAACAAGCUGACAAAAAAUUUAAAAGUUCAGAAUUACAAAGCGAUUAUGUUAACUAUAUUAAAUUACGUUCUGAUUGUAAAACUUUAUCAAAAAGGUGCUAUCAACCGUCUUCUUUAACAGACCAUAGAAACAUAAAACAGUUUUGGAAUUUUGUUAAAAGCGGAAUGGGAAUGAUUUACCACCAUUGCUAUUUUUUAAUGAUAGUCAAUGUCAUUUGGGACCAGAUUUACCUGAUCUUUUUGCAGAAUACUUCCAGUCAGUAUAUACUGAUAAGAAUAUUGAUCUCCAAAGUAAACCGUUCAUUUAAUCACAUUUCAUAUCUGAAUAUCUUAUUCAUAUAUCAACCAUUUAUGAAGAGAUGGCUAGUAUAGACAUUACCAAGGGACCAGGACCUGAUGGUAUCCCCCUUCUGUUACACCUAUUUUCAAGUCUGGUAACAGAUCAAACAUAUCCAACUAUAGACCCAUCUGCAAUCUUAGUUCCAUUCCAAAGUUGUUUAGCUGAUUACUUAAAAUCAUCUAAAUUAAGUUUAUCAAUAAUAGAAGAACAAUUUGGGUUUCUUAACAAAAAUCUACAGAACUGAAUUUACUUGCUUUUGUUGACUAUCUGUCGGACGUCUUGGAUGGAGGAGGUGAGGUGCAUGCCAUAAACACAUACUUUUCCAAGGCGUUCGACAGGGUCAAUCACAAACUUUUGUUAAAUAAACUGGAGAUUGCUGGGAUCAUGGGAACAUUAUUGCAAUGGCUGGCGAGU